AUGGAAAACUCCGUACACUGCAUUUCUCUCGCGUGCUUCGGGGUGCCGCACCGGCAAGCAGCGCGCUCUUCUGUCCGCCAGUCCAAGUCCAGAACUUUUCUCCUGCUCUCACGCUCUGUGUCUCUUCUCUUCCGGCGAGCGGUUCCGCGUAGAUUGCCAACCGCUGGCACCACUACCCUAAAAAUUCUCCGUAACGGAAAGGAGACGCGCGAGAUCCACAAGAUUGCUGCAAGGAGUCGUCCCAUCCCUGCUGGCGCCUGGGAUCAUAAGACCAGGAUCUACCCUUCACGUUUCACCCCUGGCCCACAUCUGGAAGCCAAGAGCAGGUGUCAUUCGAUCACCAGCAGCCUCAAGUGGGUGGGCUGCGUCGAGCGUGAAGGGAGGAGACUGGUCACUGGAGGUGGAGGGGGGGAUGGACUCAAAAGAAGGGACGUUUCGAGACGAAUCUGA